GGCGGAGGACGGAUCGAGCCUGGGCGUGCGGCUGCUUUCGGGCACCUUCCGGUACCCAGUGGGGUCGGCUGCAAAAGGGCCGACGACAGAGCCAUGGCGGGGGCUGAGUGUGUGCCCCCGGCCAGGCCGAGCCUGACCUCCAUCUCGUCGGGGGAGCUGCGCAGCCUGUGGACGUGCGACUGCGAGCUGGCCGUGCUGCCCCUGGUGCAGCUGCUGCGCCUGCAGCCCGGAGCCUUCCAACUGCGCGGCGACCAGCUCCUAGUGCACGGCCCCGCCGAGCCCGUAGCCGCGCGCGGGGGCUUCAACGUCUUUGGCGAUGGCCUGGUGCGCCUGGACGGGCAGUCCUAUCGCCUCAGCAGCUACAUCAAGAGAUAUGUGGAAAUAACCAACUACUUCGAUUAUAAAGAUUACAGAGAGACUAUAUUGAGCAAACCAAUGCUGUUCUUUAUUAAUGUACUGACCAAAACAGACACCUCAAAAGAAAGGACAUAUGCAUUUCUUGUGAACACAAGACACCCCAAGAUAAGAAGACAGAUAGAGCAGGGGAUGGACAUGAUCAUUUCCUCAGUGAUUGGAGAAAGCUACCGGCUCCAGUUUGAUUUUCAAGAUGUAGUGAAGGAUUUCUUCCCUCCAGGAAAUGAGGUGGUUAAUGGUGAAAAUUUGAGCUUUGCAUAUGAGUUCAAAGCUGAUGCAUUAUUUGAUUUCUUCUAUUGGUUUGGGCUCAGCAAUUCCACUGUCAAGGUGAAUGGAAAAGUUUUGAAUUUAUCGAGUACAAGACCAGAAAAGAAGGAGACAAUUAAAUUAUUUCUGGAAAAAAUGAGUGAACCUUUAAUCCGAAGGAGCAGUUUUUCUGACCGAAAAUUCAGUGUAACUUCCAGAGGUUCAAUAGAUGACGUUUUUAACUGCAAUCUGUCACCCAGAUCAUCUCUGACAGAUCCACUCUUGGCAGAAUUACCAUUUCCAAGUGUUCUGGAAUGUGAAGAGACGCCCAAUCAAUUGAUCUGAUUGGACUGAACAUCUUGCAGUUACUCCUACACUCCAGACCCAUACCAGAACUGGAGGCUGAGAGGAGAAAGUGGGAGGUGAAGGUUGAGGGAACAGGUUGGUGGGAACCUGGCACUUCCUCCAACUUGUCAACCUCUCUGUUCCUCCUUGGUUUCUACAGAUGGCCCUUUUUUCCCAUUUGCCUGGGUGGCACACUGGCAGCUGACUUUAGGAUGUGAGGAUUUUGGCUCCAUGACUGAGGGGAGCACAGGUAUCCUCUCCUUUUAACCCUUUUCCAAAGAGGCAGAGGGAGCAUCAGGGUCCUGCUACCCUGACCACUUUGCUUAGUGCGUUUGUAGCCUGGGACUUUUCUUACAGGCCCUGUGGGAGCAGUCUGACCUGGUGUUGACCCAUGAGGCUUCAUAAAUCCGGGUUUGCUCCUCUGCUGGGACCUCUGUCUGAACCCAAACACAGCAAAUAUGGGGUCAGUGGUGCUGGUCUCUCACAAACCUGGCUAGGCAAAAAUUCUAGGACACCUUUCACUAGAAGGCAAGCUUGUUUUUCAUCCGGCUUACAAUAUACCUUAGGAGAAACAUUCACGAUAAGGUUCAUUAGGGGAUUGGCCAGGUUGAUAGGAUGGAAACUGUCUCCUACUGCCUGAAAUUUAAACUUCCUUGGCCGCCUUCUUAACAAAGUGGUCUCUGUAGAACUAGGAUAGAUGAUGUGGUACCAAGCAAUGGCAGGGGAUGGAUAAUUUAUACAGCAGUGUCCUCUUCAUUGAAAGCACAUUAUGCCAGUUGGGUAUUUUAAAUAAGCAUUUAGCAAUCCUAACACAAAAAGCAAGAUAGAAGAAAGUUGUAACAUUACCAUAAUCUAUUGUAACAUCAAUACAUUUUCAUCUCAUAACUACAAUUCUUUUUGAAUUCUUCAAGAAGAAAAAAAAUCAUCUUAUCUACAUGUAGAAACCUGCAAGAAUGAAUUACUACAUAUGCUUAUAAUGAAGAUUUAUGGGCCCCAAGUUUAAUUUUUCUAUUUUUUUAAAAGUAUUCCUGUAUUACACCUUUUGAUAACACUACUGAUUGUUCUUUCAUUUUUAUUUGAAAUGUUAUGUAUCAUGUUUGUGCAAUUAAAAUUUUUCUUAGCAGUCAACUGGUUAAAUUUGUGGACAAAUGUGUAUGUGAUCUUUCAUUUGUAGUCUACAGGUCAUAUAUUUGUCUUGUAACUUACUAAAUUACAUAAGAAUUCACAGCCACUUUCUUAAGAUGAGCCUUUUGAACAAUGGUUUUAUUAUUUGGAGGAAAGAAGCACAAUUUGAUAAUGACCUUUCAGAAAAGCAAAGGGAAAUGUUCCUUAAUAGCAGAAAAGAGUAAACACUUGUUAUUCAACUUAGUGAAAAGUGGAGUAUUAACAAUAUGUUUUCUACCAGUGCAAACAAACCUUAAGAAUCAAAAAUUAAAUGCUUCCCAAAGGAAAUAGAAGUUCUAUUCACAAAAACUGACAAAGAAGAUGUUUUAAACAUAGCUGAAUUGAGAAAAACCAUCAAAAUUUAUUUCAGCAGUGGAUUCUUUAAUCUGAAAUGUGUCUUUUAUCAUUAGAAAUUUAUUUUUCCAAUUGACUCUAAACCAAAUGCGUUCACUUAUUCAAUAUUCACUCAGCAAAGCUUUGUCAGCUGUCUAUAAAGAAAUAAAUAUGGGGCCUCCCCUGGUGGCGCAGCGGUUGAGUGCUGGGCUGUGAAGCUGCCCACAGCCUCUGCAGCGCUAGUUCGAUCCCUGGCCACCAGAGAGAGUCCCACGUGGCGUGCAGACCUCUCCUGCCACACCCGCUGCUCCCCUCACCAGUGUAUUUCGUCACUCUGCUUGUUCUGUUUCUGGCUCUGGUGAAUUCUCUCACCCUCCCCGCUUCUGACUGUA